CAGGGACCUAAUGGUCAAAUCCCUUUGCAGUCACAGGGGUUUGAACCAGCAAGCUUCGGUUCACAGGCUCACUGUAGUAGCCUGACUUCACACUCUGCCUUCCCCAGUCAUUCAUUAACAAGAUAAAAUAGAUACAAGCAUCUUCACAUGGACAGUGUGAUUUUGCAGCACCCGCUCCUCAGGCUUGCUUGCAUCUCUCCCCACCCUCCUGCGUCGGCCAGGUGGGGGGGCGGCGUGACACGGACAUGUCUGGGGGGUCCCAGUGCAACGGGGCUCUGGAGAGGAGGUCCACGGUGCUGGUGGCGGAGACCCACGGGCAGCAGGUCCUCAGCGUGCUCCAGGGCUUCCGGGAGAGGAGCAUCCUCUUCGACUUCCGCAUCGUGGUGGGGGGGGAGUGCAUCCCCUGUCACCGCUGUGUGCUGGCUGCUUGCAGCGACUUCUUCAGGGCCAUGUUCGAGGUGAACAUGCGGGAGCGGGAUGAUGGCAGCGUCACCCUCAGCCAUCUGUCCCCCCGAGCCGUCCGCGCCUUCCUGGACUUCGCCUACACGGGCCAGAUGGAGAUCACCGAGGAGAACGUCGACAUGCUCUUCCAGCUCUCCUCCUUCCUACAGGUCUCCGUGCUCUCCAAGGCCUGUAGCGACUUCCUCAUCCGGACGCUGGAGCUGCACAACUGCCUGCAGCUGCUGGCCAUCGCCGAGGGCUACGGCUCCACCUGCCUGCAGCGGCGCGCCCUGGAGUUUGUCACGCGUGACUUCUACUCACUCACUAAGAUCCCCGACUUCCUGGACAUGAGCGCCAGCGUGCUGGAGACGUGUCUGUCUGCCGACGAGCUGCAGGUGCCGCACGAGGAGGCAGCACUGCGGGCGCUGCUUCUCUGGGUCGGGCACGACCCGGAGGCCCGCCGCCAUCUGCUGCCACGCCUCCUGCGCCGGGUGCGGCUGCACCAGCUGCCCGCAGACGUGCUGGAGGAGCUGAUUGGCUCCGAGGCCCUGCUGUCCGGCGACGGGGAUUGCGCCUGCAUCCUUAGCAGUGCAGUCUCUGGCCUGCGCGAGUUCGCAGGUUUCUACCCGGACGCCCGGCCCGCCACAGCCGAGAGCUACAUCUACGUGCACAAGACGGAGGAGGACGGCGAAAUCCGGCACACCUUCUGCUACAGCAUCCGGGCAGACCGCUGGCGAGAGCUCCCGCAGACCCACGCGACCGACAUGCCGGGCUCCAGCCUCUCCAGCUACGGGGAGAAGUUGUUUGUCACCGGUGGCUGCCAUGGCAACUGUUGCCGGGCGGUACGCCUCCAUAUAGCCGAGCCGUUCCACAACGCCACGGACGAGGUGUGGUGCUACUGCCCCCUGCAGGACAGCCUGGUGCCGGUGCCACCCAUGCAGAAACCGCGCACCAUGCACACCUCGGUCACGACGCUCGAGCGCCUCUACGUUAUCGGUGGCAAGACGCGGGGGGCCAGGAACAUCCGCAGCCUGCUGGACGUGGAGUACUAUGACCCCCUGGGCCGGGCCUGGUGUGGUGUCAGCCCCUUACCGCGGGGCAUUUACUACCCCGAGGCGAGUGCCUGUGGCAGCAUCAUCUACGUCUUGGGGUCGGAGGUGGAGAUCGCCGACGUCUUCAACCCCUCGCUGGACUGCUUCUUCCGAUACGAUGCCGUGGCCGACCAGUGGAGCCAGCUGGUGGCAGAGUUUGGCCAGUUCUUCCACGCCACGCUGGUGAAGGCCGUAUCGGUGUGCGACGUGCUCUACCUGUGUGACCUCUCCACGUACAAGGUGUACAGCUUCUGCCCGGAGACGUGCGUGUGGAAGGGAGAGGGCUCCUUCGAGUGUGCCGGCUUCAACGCCGGCGCCAUCGGUGUCGCCGACAAGAUCUACAUCCUGGGCGGCGACUACUCACCGGACGAGAUCACGGACGAGGUUCAGGUGUACCACAGCGGCCGCUCGGAGUGGGAGGAAGUGUCCCCUAUGCCACGAGCACUCACCGAGUUCCACUGCCAGAUCAUACACUUCAACCGCUACCGGGACCCUUGGAAGGUGGAGCAGUGAGCCAGCCAAUCAGAGAGGGGGUGGUCGGGGGGUGGGAGUAUGGGGCAGGGCUGCAUGCGAGUGCAUCAUGAUGAGGAAGAGGAGCAGAGGGGGGAAGAAUCUGCUGGGCUGCUGCCUUUAAGCUUUAAAUCCGCUUCACCCAGUUGGACUCCCAUCCAUGAAGACCCACGUUGACUCCGCCCGCCAUCAUGAACCUCCUACCAUCCCCCAACACGUCAGGACACCACAGCCAGUGGGGGGCGCUAGCGGACUCAUCUGCUUCUCUAUCGAUGUCCGUUCUGUCUGUUUAGCAUUUUUAAAAUACUUUCUAUAGCUGGCCGGUGUUAAACGACAAACUGAGUUUGCCGUUCUGGUUCAUUUCCGUUUAGACGUGCCGAUCAUGAUUUCAUCCACCGUCCCCCGAUAUCCACUGAUGUCUCUCUCAGCAUGUGACUCUGGCAUCUGCAGCUUGGACUGAUCAGGUGUUUGCACUGUGUUGCAGCACCGUCUAUAUGUACUGCUGGCGCCGUAGCACUGCCCCCUGCAGGAGAAUUCAGGUAGUGCCUAAAAUAUCCGAUGCCUUCCAGGCUUUCGCCGUGUUUGCUGCAUGUUUCCAGGUUACUUUCCCCUUUCUGGGGUAAAACUGGGACAUUUCCAUACAAAAGUAACGAAAGACACAGAACGAACCAAACAACAGCUGUCAGCAGUGUGGAAGCUGCAUGCUCCAGUGUAACAGCAAGCAUAUCUUUAAAGGCUUUGUCAAGCUUAGAGUGUCGCACACAUGGGUCCACGGAAGGUGCACUGCUGCAAUACGAAUAAGUAACACAGGGAGAGGCUGCGCAGACGUGGACAUUUACGCUCCUGAAAGUAAAAAUCCAGACCAAGAUUUUGUUUCAGCCAACGUUUUCAGUACUCUGACUGUGACACUUAAUGUUCAACGUUGGUUGAAGCAAAAUCUUUACUUUCCAGACCUGAAUUGUCCACCUCUGAUCAUCCCUGGGGGACUGAGGCUUGCUGGAGCAGACCUUCGCUGGGCCUGGCUGUUAAGCACUGACGGGGACUCUUACCCUGCUAGGACUGCGGUAAGCGGGGCCAGGCUGUCAUAUCAAUAAGUAUACAAGCUGAAGCAGCAGUUUCAGGACACCCACAUAGGAAAAACAGGAACAUGCCAAAAAUAGGAAGAUCAGUAGGUAUUUAUGGUUCUGUGUGUAAUGUUAUUGGGUUGAUCGCCAAAGAUUGGUUUGAUGUAACCAGAAAACAUCUAAAAGUAUAUUUCCAGGCUUAUAAUGAUAGAAUGGCUUACAGAUUCGACGUUAGCUGGUACAUAAAAGUGUCCAAUUUGUGACUUGUUUGGAAUGCUGCAAUAAAGUGUGUCAAUGUCAACAUGAA